UCUAAGUCUAAUCACAAAAAUCUAUUACUUUGAUUUGCGACAAUAAAAUGUAAAGAAGAUGACAAUUUUUACAUAUGAUCCUCAGAAGCAUUUGGCAGUGCAAUUAGUUUCAUAACAAGUAAUUGUUUUUUAAAUCUUUUCAAAGUAAGAAUGAGUAUCUUGAUGCUAGUGUCACUUUUAAGUAACUAUAGCUCCAGGAAUAUGUUCACAUUAUUAUCUUAAAUAUAUACCUUAUCUGUCCAUAUUGCUGUACUUCAGAUGUGAAGGUAAAAAUAAAGAUGUGAAGUGCUUAGCAGACUCCUAUAGAUUUAUGUAAAUCAGAAAACACAAGCAAUCCAUUAGUCUCAAUGUUGAAGGCCUGAUAUAUUCAGUUCAAGUAUGGAUUAUGUCCCAUAAAUUUCAUACAUAAGCACACACACACUUGCCCCAUCAUACCUAGUAAUUUACUUGCAAAAAGCCAAAAACAAAUAACUAUUUCUAGGGAUUCCAGACAUAUAUUCAGGCAUCCUGAGACAUUUUUGUAUGCAUAUCUAAAGUUAUGUAAGUAUUUAAAUGUCCAAAGCUCAGAUCUUUUUACACAAAGUUUUUCAUUUUUAGUGUCCCCCAUCUAAAUUAAUGUUAAGUGCAUCUGUGUUAGACCAAAAGCUUUGGUGUCAUCCCUGACUUUUCUUUCUUUCGCAUCCACAGCUCAUCUAUCAGCAGUUCAUGUUGACUCCGUCAUGAAAAUAGAAUAUGAAUCUGACUCCUCCCACCUCCUUCACUACUACCAGGUCCAAGCCAUGGUCAUCUCUUUCUUGGCUUGUUUUAUUAGUCAGCUGACUGAAUUCACAGCUGCUUGUUAACAAUCUGAAACUCAGCACUUCAGUCUGGGCUCAGUGCUGUAGCCAGAAUAAUUACAAGAAAACAUAAACUGUGAAGAUUUGAAGGGGCCAAUGAGUAUUCUUAUCAUUGAAGCAUUCUAUGGAGGCUCCCAUAAACAGCUGGUGGACCUGCUCCAAGAAGAGUUAGAAGACUGUGUCCUUUAUACCCUUCCUGCAAAGAAAUGGCACUGGAGAGCACGGACGUCGGCUCUGUACUUCUCUCAGAACGUUCCCGUCAGUGAGCGUUACAGGAUCCUCUUUGCAAGCUCAGUGCUUAACCUGACCGAACUGGCUGCCCUUCGGCCUGACCUUGGAAAAUUGAAAAAGAUUCUGUAUUUCCAUGAAAACCAAUUGGUAUAUCCUGUCAAAAAACAUCAGGAGAGGGAUUUCCAGUAUGGAUACAAUCAGAUUCUUUCAUGUCUUGUGGCUGAUGUGGUGGUGUUCAAUUCAGUUUUUAAUAUGGAAUCAUUUCUGAAUUCUAUUGGAAAAUUUAUGAAGCUGAUUCCUGACCACAGACCCAAGGAUUUGGAAAGCAUCAUUAGACCCAAGUGCCAAGUUAUUUACUUUCCCAUCAGGUUCCCUGAUGUGAGCAGAUUCAUGUCCAAGCACAAAGCAGCCCAUCUGCAGAAGAUGCUCAGCCUUACGGGAAACAGUGACGCCCCUCCGUCCAUGGCCCUUCCAGAGCAGAGAGAGUCUGAAAAUGUAUUGAAGAAUUUUAAUUCAGUAUGUGAUGGACACCCUGGCCUGGAUAUUGCCCAGGAGGGAAACAUGGGUAACUCAUUGUUGAAGGAGUCAGACUUGGACAGGUCCAACUCAUCAGAUAAUUCAAGCUCUCAUCAUGGAGAAAAUAAACAAAAUCUAACUCUUAAUCCCUGUGACAUUUUGGGUGAAGCUGAUGAUCAGCAAAGACCAUUGCACAUUGUCUGGCCUCACAGGUGGGAGCAUGAUAAAGAUCCAGAGAGCUUUUUUAAAGUAUUAAUGCAUCUUAAGGAUUUAGGUCUCAAUUUCCACGUUUCUGUCCUUGGAGAAACCUUCACAGAUGUCCCAGAUAUAUUUUCAGAGGCCAAAAAGGCAUUGGGAUCUUCUGUCUUACAUUGGGGCUACUUACCCAGCAAAGAUGACUAUUUCCAAGUACUGUGCAUGGCUGAUGUUGUCAUCUCAACAGCUAAGCAUGAAUUCUUUGGAGUGGCAAUGUUGGAAGCUGUGUAUUGUGGCUGUUACCCAGUUUGUCCCAAAGAUUUGGUUUAUCCCGAAAUAUUUCCAGCUGAAUAUCUGUAUUCUACACCUGAACAGCUUUCCAAAAGGCUCCAGAAUUUCUGCAGGAGACCAGAUAUUGUCAGAAAACAUCUCUAUAAGGGUGAAAUGGCUCCAUUUUCCUGGGCAGCCCUGCAUGGUAAAUUCAGGUCUCUGCUUACAACAGAACCUAGGGAAGAUUUGUGACAGAUGGGGCUAAGUCACAAACUUGCAGCCUAAGGCAGAAUCUGAAGAACUUUCCAGAGUGUGCCCAUAUUUACCUGAUCAGAGAGAAAAGAAAAUCUGCAGAGGAAGCUGAGCCUGGCUGCUUGUCAUAGCUGACACGGAGCCAUCUGCCACAAACCUGUGGCAGCUUCAGAUCUCCAAUCCCUGCCACCACCCCAACCCAAAUUAAAUACAGAUUCCUAGAGACGCUAUGAUGGUUACACAUGUCCUCGGCAUCACAUGUAGGAGACUGUUCAAAAAAAAAUAUGUGGCCUGUUGUAUAACCGCACUCAUGUAUCCCAUAUGUGGUGCCACAUUGAAUUUCCGGUUGAAUCCGUUUUUAUCCUUUGUACUGGAUGACAUGGUGCCUGAAUUCUUUCUUUUCGCCGACACGAUGGCAGCCAAACUGCAGCUUCAAACACUCGCACUUGGCUGGGUUUCUACCUAGGUUGCCAGGUUAUCAUCGGAGCCCUCUUGUGUCCUCAGAGGGCCACGGGGCCUGGAAGGAGGAUCAGAAUGCUGCUGGACUAAUUGGGCAGCCAUCUCGGAAUGGUCUGUGGGCAAAGGGCUGCUUUAGCACUUUUCUUUAAGCAAAUUAAUGACUCUCCGGCACAGGGGUUUUUAAGCGAAGGUAUUAAUAAGGGGUCUGGCAGGUAUUCCCAUGAUUCACAGAGUUACAUUUGCAUUUAAUUAAUCUCAAAGAAAGUUGCAAGAUAAACAGCUGUAAUUCGGACAAACAUGGCAAAUACAGUAAGAGGGGCCAUCCCGCCCAUAAAAUGAACACUGAGGUAAUUGUUUUAAUUUUUUUUUGAGGCAUUAAAAGUAGAGAAUUCAAAAUACUUCUCACAAAACUAGUAAUUUUGAUUUAAAAAAAAUUCUCAAAAGUGUUUGCAUCCAGCUUGAAAUAUGAUCUUUUCCAGAUAAAUCACUUAAAUUCCAAUAGUCAAGCUGCUGUUUUUGUUGAUGUAAAGAUGUUUUGAAUGGGUAGAUGGCAAAAUAAAUUUUUAAUAAACUGUCCACUGCAGUGUUUAAUUAGCAUAUUCAGUUAGGUAGAAGUGUGUACAUCUAUCUGUAUGUUUCUCACUGAGGGUUUUCCUUGUGUCAGAGACAACGAAUACAAUUGUUUCCUUUCCGGAUGAACAAGGAUCUGUUUUGCAAAUGUUUGUAAGAUAUUAUGACAUUUCCAAGAUUUUCUUUGCAUUCUGGAAAGCAGGAGGUAAACAUUUGUAGUCAUUAAGGUAAAGUCUGUUGAUAAACUGUCUUCUGUUUACUGACAGGUAAAUUGUAACUUUCUUAGCUUUUGAAAUGAAUAACUCUAUACACUGCAGAGUGAGGAGCAGUGGGGAGAGGUGGCUAGCCAGGGGCCAAGCCUGGCUCUCUGGCUUCUACAAGGAUUGAGUGAUCUAGCAGACAUCCCCACGUUGAGUGAACAAUGUCUCAGAUAUCCAGUAGGGCCCAUUUCACAGGUAGCAAAAUCAAAAGCAGGAACAAGGUCAAGGUUAGGGAGCCAUGCACAGCCCUAGGGAUAGGGGCAGUCUUGCAGAUCACAGGAGGCAGUUCAGAGUCCAUGAGGCCUGGGACUCUGAAGAUAGAAAGUGUAAGAAGUGGAAACAACAAGCUCUACCUUGGAACAGAAACUCCUCUCCCCAGCCAGUAUGAGAUCCGUCACAUAUGAUGGGCCACCACAGCACUGGCUUCAGCUCAAGCCUCUGAACAAACUUCUCCCUCACCCAUAGAACAAAGGGCUCGGGAACGCUAUGGAAGCGCCUGCCAGUCAUCUGAAGCCUGAGGAACUUGGAAUCUAGCAGGGGUGCUCCUUUGAAAGCAAAACCAAAGAUAUGACUGUAAACAAGAAGUUCUCAGGCACUUCUUCUGGGCCGGGGUUACACUUCAUACCCUCUGCUGAGGUGGGUCAGACUAGUCAAUUUGCUUCAGUCACCGAGGUGCGAUGUCACGGACAAUGUCUUCACAAGAUAAUAUUACAAUCUGACAGCAGAGAUUCCUUACCAAGGUUUCCUGUACUGAAAACAGUGGGCUCACGUUUUAUAGUGCAUAGCAUCUUUUUUUUUUUUUUGGACAGGCAGAGUUAGACAGUGAGAGACAGAGAGAAAUGUCUUCCUUCCAUUGGUUCACCCCCCAAAUGGCCACUACUGCUGGCGCUUUGCGGAUCCCAAGCCAGGAGCCAGGUGCUUCCUCCUGGUAUCCCAUGCGGGUGCAGGGCCCAAGGAUUUGGGCCAUCCUCCACUGCCUUCCCGAGCCACAGCAGAGAGCUGGACUGGAAGAGGAGCAACCAGGACAGAAUCCGGCGCCCUGACCGGGACUAGAACCCGGGUGCCAGUGCCGCAGGUGGAGGAUUAGCCUAGUGAGCCGCGGCGCCCGCCAAUAGUGCAUAGCAUCCUACAUGCACAACAACUAUCCGUGUAGUCUUCCUUGCUAAUUCAUGGAGAAAAUACAUGAGAUACUUUUCAGACCGUAAAUCUAAACAUUUAAAUGUUUUCCUGAUUUGGGAAAAAUGUGAUACUGAAAGUUAUCCAUGUAUGGGUGUUUUGUUUUUUUGUUUUGUUUUGUUUUUUAAGAUUUAUCUAUUUGAAAGUCAGAAUCACAGGAAUAAAGAGGAAGAGACAGAGAUAGAGAGAGAGAGACCUUCCAGCUGCUGUUCGCUCCCCAAAUGGCCACAACAGCCAAUGCUGAGGCAGGUCGAAGUCAGGAGCUUUAUCCUAGUCUCCCACAUGGGUACAGGGGCCCAAGCACUAGGACUAUCCUCCACAGCUUUCCCAGGAACAUUAGCAGGGAUCUGGCUGGGAAGUGGAGCAGCUGGGACCUGAACCAGCACCUAUAUGGGAUGCUGGUCUUCCUGGCAGCAGCUUCACCCACUACACCAUAAAGCUGGCCCCAUAUGGGUGUUUUUCUAUGCCCAAAUCCAGUUUUUUGUCUUUAACUAUGGCCAGCAUUCCUUCCAAUAUUAAAAAAAAGUUAUGAUUUUUGAAAAUGAUGCUGUCAUAUUUGGUAUCAGUGCAUAAAUGCAAUAAAAAAUUGUAAAAGUAUAAAAGAUGUAGCUGGGACACGCAUUUAGUCUUGUGAUUGAGUUGCCCAUGAAGAUGCCCGUGUUCCAUAUAGAAGUACAUAGGGUUGAUUCCCAGCUUCAGCUCCUAAGUCCAGAUUCCUACUAAAGCAAAUCCUGGAAGACAGUGGUGAUGGCUCAAGUAAUUGCUCCCUGCCAUCCACAUGGCAAACCAAGAUUAAGUUCCCUGUUCCUGGUUUUAGCCUAACCGGUCAUUGGCAUAGAAGCCGUUUGGGGAAUAAACCAGCAGAUGGGAGCUGCCUUUCUAUCUGUCUGUCUCUCUUUCUCUGUUUCUGUUUCUGUCUCCCCUCCCCCAUCUCUGCCUUUCUACCUCUGAAAUUAAAAAAAAAAAUUAUUUUAAACGUGUCUGUGUUGGAGCUGGCAUUGUGGUGUAGCAGGCUGGGUUAAUGGCCCCAGCAUCCCAUAUGGACACUGGUUCUAUUCUCAGCUGUUCCACUUCUAAUCCAUACUCAUGCUAAUGCACCUGGGAGGGCAACAGAGGAUGACCCGAGUAACUGGGCCCCUGCACUCACAUGGGGACCCUGGUGAAGCUCCUAGCUUCAUCCUGACCUGGCCUCGGCCUUUGCAGCCAUUUGGGGAGUGAACCAGAAAAUGGAGGAUCUCUCUCUCUCUCUCUCUCUCUCUCUCUCUCUCUCUGGCUCUCGUUCUCUCUUUGUAACUCUGCCUUUCAAGACAAUAAAUAAUACCUUUUUAAAAAGA